GGGCCGCUAAGCGCCGCCCAUUCCAGUAACUUACUCUCUUAUAGUUUGUUUCUGUGCUAUGUGAGUCUGUACGGUGUGUGAGAGAGUGAUUAGGGCAGUUACUGGCGGUUAUUUUUCCAGUUAGUUUUGUUUCUGUGAUUUUGUGAGCUCAGGCAGGUUAGCACAGGUGAUAUCGUCGGUGAUAAAAUGGCUCUACGCGCAUGCAGCACUUUUCUCCGUUCUUACUCGACCCACGGCAAGUUGUUUCUCGGUGGACUCCGCUAUAAAAGUUCUUGUCCCGUUGACGUCAGUCAUCUGGACCACCUGGUGCUCACGGUUCGAGAUCUGAAGACAACCACGCAUUUCUACUCCGAGGUUUUGGGGAUGGAGGUCGUCACUUUUAAGGGAGACCGGAAAGCUCUGAGCUUUGGAGAGCAAAAGCUCAACCUGCAUCAGGCUGGGAAGGAGUUUGAGCCCAAAGCCAAGACCCCCACGCCGGGAUCAGCUGACCUGUGCUUCAUCACCAAAACCCCUCUGACCACCGUCGCUGCCCACCUCCAGGCGUGUGGCGUGACCAUAGAGCAGGGGCCCGUGGACAGGACCGGCGCCGUGGGGCCCAUACGAUCCCUCUACUUCCGUGACCCCGACAACAACUUGAUUGAAGUCUCCAAUUACCAGCAGUAGACAGCAGGGGCGCUGUAUCGCUGCCUUGAGGUCAACACCAACAUGCACCCCGGUGCCUUCCCAGCCAUGAUUUUAAAUGCAAUAAAAAUUAAUCAAAUAAAAACA